GCAAAUCCACUUUUGUUUAUCACAGAUACCCAAAGAUGGCAUUCGACACCAUCAGCGUUUCAGCCCUGAGUAAUCCGCUGAAUAUUGUCCUAUUUCUCGUCCUGCUGCUCCUGAUUCGAGAAUUCCAGGCGUCAGAGGCAAAUUUACCACCACCAGAGCAUCCUCCAGAGCCAAUUGUGCUUAAACGAUAUACACCACAAACUCUUCUACCGUACACUGGGGAAAAGUCUAACGGCAUCCUUAUCUCCGUUCUAAAUCGUGUGUACGAUGUCUCUCGUGGGGCCCAGUUUUAUGGACCAGGUGGUCCUUAUUCAUCAUUUGCAGGCCGUGAUGCUUCACGCUGUCUAGCCAAAGUCUCCUUUGCAGAUGACUUGCUAGCGGAUCCUGCCGGGCCCAUUGACAAGCUAGAGGAUUUGGAUGUGGACGAAUGGCAAACCCUGAGAGAUUGGGCAGCCCAGUUUGAGUUUAAGUACGACCAUGUUGGGUUCCUGGUGGAGAAUGGAGAAAAUAUCGACGCGUGACCGGAUGAUAGUGACAUCCGAAUAACCUAUAGGUUGUGUUGGCGUAGGCGAGUCACAUUGGCAUUCGCGACAUCAUAUACCGAAUCGUAUUGAUCAGCAUUAUGCAAACCCAUCUGCCUUUGUGGAGUGCCCUAAUUGGGACUUCCGCCAAAUGCACAUAGAAAUAUUAAGGUGCUGACAACCGAAGGGAUUGAAAGCAUUUUCUGGAACGCCGAUCAUGCGCAUGCCAAUUGAAGUGUGAUUCCAACUGUUCGCAUUGCGGCACUGUAUUUCGCAAAAUGUUCCUUCACCUUCGAUAAAUCAUCGGAUCGUGAUAUGAAACAUGUCAUAACCGGAGUUUUCUGCGAUGGCCCAGCCGCAAGCUUUCCGUCAUCCUCAAGAUAUGCAAUCUGAAUGUAUUGAUCGUGUUCCUGAGGAUCGACUUCUGGCAGAGC